AUGUUCAAUUUGAUAAAAAGAGGUGCAGAAGCAGAGAUCUAUGAGACAGAGACAACUGUGAUAAAGAGGAGAGUGAGGAAGGAGUACAGGAUAGUGGAGGUGGAUGAGGCAAUUAGGAGGAACAGGACGAGGAAGGAGGCGAAGAUGAUGGAGAAGAUGGGUGAGUUGGGGAUAGCAGUUCCAAGAGUGGUGGGAAGGGGAGACUACGAAAUAGAAAUGGAGAAGAUUGUGGGAGAGAGUGUGAAGGAGGUGAUGGGGGAGGAUGGUGCCAUUCUGAGGGAAGUGGGAGAAGUGGUAUAUCAACUCCAUGAAAGUGGGGUGAUUCAUGGUGAUUUGACUACGAUGAAUUUCAUAGUUCAGGGGGAGACUGGUAGAGUUUAUGUCAUUGAUUUUGGACUGGGAUUCUACAGCAACAAGAAUGAGGAUAAGGCAGUGGAUCUGUACUUGUUGGAGAAGUCACUGGCGCAGAGCAAUGGGAGAGACGUGGACUGCUUCUACCAGGGAUACUUUGGUGGAAGAGAGGAUAAGGAGUUGAGGAGGAAGUUGGAUGAGAUACGAGGAAGAAAGAGGUAG